AUGAUGUCGAGGCUUCUGUCCGUGCCUCGGUACGAUCAUCAACAACCCCAAAUCGCCUUUCUCCCAGGCUCCAUUGAUCUCAACCAAUUACCCUCCCCCGCUCCCCUCCACGAGCUCCUCAUGCUGCGGACAUCGCUUCGAACCGUGAGGGCGCUGGGCGGCACGCCGGUCGCGGUCGCUCGGGCUCAAUGGCCCGCGAGAUCAGUAGUUGGAGCCGUCACGAGGAGAUAUUUCGCCGAUGAGAAAAAGCCGCCGACAGUAAACGAUGUUGCGAAACCGGCAGCUCCCCCCGCUGAGCCGAUUGUACCACCUUCCACUACACCCAAGGCUCCUACUCCCAGUGCCUCCACCACCACCACCACCGAGAAGACUGCCUCUACGCCGCCGCCUCCCCCUCCUCCCGCCAAGCCUAAGAAGGGCUUCUUCCGCCGCCUAAGGAAUUUCGUCGUCACGCUCGUCCUGCUCGGCGCCGUCUCCUUCGGAGGCGGCGUCUGGUACUCGCGCAUCAACGACAAGUUCCACGACCUCUUCACCGAGUACGUCCCCUUCGGCGAGCAGGCCGUUCUCUAUCUGGAGGAACUCGACUUCCGAAAGAAGUUCCCGGAUAGCGCGUCCCGGGUGUCCAGCUCGGAGCUUAACGACAAGCAUGUGACGGUUGCUCCCUUGAGCGGCGCCUCGUGGAGGGUUGCUGACGGCGGCGAGCCUGCCGGCCGUCGGUCGAGCGCUUUGGACAAGAAGAAGGGCCUAAAGGCAGCAGCCGUUAAGGAGGCCGAGGAAGUCAAGGAACCUAAGGAUGCCGUGGUUACCGCUGUCUCUGAACCCGCCGAGGUUGUUGAGCUCAAGACGGAGGAGCCGGCGCCGGCGGCCCUUGAGUCUGAUCUCGAGACUCUCGAGAUCGCCAAGAUCGCCGAGGCUGAGUUCACGCCUCCCGAGGUUAACGAGCCUUCUCGAUUCCCUCCCAUCGCGCCCAUCGAUCCCCUCAAGGUCAACGAUGCUCAGGAGCCCAUCGUCCAGGAUCUAGUUCACAUGCUUAACGACCUAAUUACAGUCAUCAAUGCCGACAAGGCCCACGCCAGAUACGACUCGACUGUUUCCAAGGCCAAGAAUGACCUCGCCAAGGUCGGACGCAAGGUCCAGGAGAUGAAGGAGCAGAUUGAGAAGAAGGCGGCCGCCGAGGUCAAGGCCAAGAUUGACGAGUUCGACGCUGCCGCCAACACGCUGGUAGACCGCGUCGAGUCCGCCAUGGUCGCCCAAGAAAAGCAGUGGCGCGAGGACUUCGAGCAGGAGAUGACCAAGGUGCGCCAGGGCUACGAGGACAAGGUGCAGCUCCUCCUCGAGCGCGAGCAGAAGCUCAACGAGGAGAAGCUCAACACCAAGCUCCUCGAGCAAGCUCUCGCCCUCAAGAAGGAGUUCAUCGCCGAGGUCAAGGCGCAGGUUGAGAAGGAGCGUGACAGUCGUCUCGGCAAGCUCCAGGAUCUCUCGAACGCCAUCACCUCGCUUGAGAACCUCACUACGGGCUGGAACGACGUGGUCGAUCUCAACAUCCAGACGCAGCACCUCCACGUGGCCGUAGAGGCCGUCCGCGCCAGCCUCCAGGACACGCAGCACCCGCGCCCCUUCAUCAAGGAGCUCGUGGCGCUCAAGCAGAUUGCCAACGGCGACGGCGUGGUCGAUGCCGCCAUCGCCUCAAUCAACCCCAGCGCUUACCAGAAGGGCAUCUCAACCCCCGCGCAGCUGAUCGAUCGGUUCAGGCGCGUGGCGUCCGAGGUGCGCAAGGCUUCGCUGCUCCCCGACGAUGCGGGUGUGGCGAGCCACGCGACGAGCUGGGCGCUUAGCAAGGUUAUGUUUAAGAAGGAGGGGCUCGCGGCGGGAGAUGAUGUCGAGAGCAUAUUGACGCGUACGCAGACGUAUCUCGAGGAGGGGGAUUUGGACUCGGCGGCUAGGGAGAUGAAUGGGUUGGAGGGGUGGGCGAAGACGUUGAGUAGGGAUUGGUUGGCAGAGGUGAGGAAGGUGUUGGAGGUUCAGCAGGCUCUCGAGGUCAUUGCUACGGAGGCGAGAUUGCAGAGCUUGAGGACAGAGUAA